AUGCCGAGUGCUACAGCCAGUCCGAUAGCAGACUCUCUAACACCAGAGAAUCCACCAGACCUAUCGAAAGCGCUGCCCAAGCUUACACCUCGCCGACGACCGCGAACAGAUGAAGCAGCCUCAAUCCCACCACCUCCCACGCCACGCUUGCCGACGACUCCAGACUUGCGGUCGCACAAGUAUACAGAGCCGAGUCGAAGAAUCCUCUCUGAACGCGACCACCAGCUGUUCACAGCAUCGCCGACACACGAUCUCAUAGUCAGCUUCGUCUUCAACCUCUCCGAUGCGGUGCGCGACAGGACGGUAGCCAGUGUCGCCAAGUCGCCUGGAGCAGAGGACCCGGCGAUACUUGCACUGCUGGCAGUCCUAGACGAGGCGGAUCAGCUUCUCAAGAAGCACCCUGCCCUGGAUACUGGAUCGCGCUUUGGCAAUCCUGCUUUCCGCGACUUCUUGCUGGCGGUAGAGAAUGCAUCGCCCGAGUGGCAUAAGAGACUUGGCGUCGCAGACGACGAAGCUCAAGAGGAAGUGUCGACGUAUCUGGCGAGUUCCUUCGGCAAUGGAACGAGGAUAGACUACGGCAGUGGUCACGAACUCAACUUCAUCCUCUGGCUGUUAUGCCUUCGGCAGCUAGGCAUCGUCAAAGACAACACAUUUGCUGCGCUCACACUCGUGGUCUUUCCAAAGUAUCUACAAGUCAUGCGGGAUAUUCAAAGCACAUACUACCUCGAGCCUGCUGGAUCCCAUGGCGUCUGGGGACUCGACGAUUACCAGUUUCUGCCAUUCCUGUUUGGCGCCAGCCAGCUGGUCGAUCACAAGCAUAUCCGGCCCAUGAGCAUCCACAAUGAUCUGAUCAUUGAAGAGUGCAGCAGAGAUUAUCUCUAUCUAGACCAGAUACAGUGGGUCAAUGCAACCAAGACGGUGCAAGGACUGAGGUGGCAUUCUCCUAUGCUUGAUGAUAUAUCAUCCGCAAAGUCUUGGGCUAAGGUGGAAGGCGGCAUGAAGAAGAUGUUCCUUGCAGAGGUUCUAGGAAAGUUGCCUGUCGCACAGCACUUCUUGUUCGGGUCAUUACUGCCUGCGACCGAUGAGAUGAGCAAGGAUGCUGAACAGCGGGUGGGCGAUGAAGAUGUUGGAGAGUACGAGGUCACUGUGGACGGCAUGAAGCAUGUUCACAGUGCCAGCAGCUGGGGAGACUGCUGCGGCAUAAAGGUACCCAGCGCCGUAGGAGCGAGACAAGAGGCGCAGAAGAAUGGUCAAGGUGGACAGCUACGCAGGCUACCUUUCGACUAG